AUGUUUACGGUAUUUAACUUAAUAUUCCGGUCCUUAUUUUCAUCAUGGGCUGAACUCGCCACAGGAGUCAAUACGGGUUGUGGGGGGAAUGGAGACGCUCGUACUAGAUAUCUGGAGGACCUGCAGCAUUCUUUUUUCCAGCAUCAUCAAUGUGGUAUACUGCCAGAACUAAACAAGAACGGCCACUUUCAUGCUCAAUCUCUUGAAAAGGACAUCAUCAAGGCAACCGUAUUGAUCCGUUGCAACUCACUACUUCGAGGGCACUCUGCGGUGCGACUGGAAAUCCCUCAAUAUUUGAUUAAACUUUUAAAUGAAAAUAUACUUCCCCUAAUUCCUAAACGUGGAAGUAUCUCUGCCUCCGGGGAUCUCGCUCCAUUGUCUUACGUUGGAGGGCUUCUUGAAGGGAGCCCGGAGAUUUAUGUCUGGGUCGACGACGGUGAUAGGGCAAAGUGUCGGGUCAAAUCAGCUAAAGACGCCCUAGAGCAGAUUGGCCUGGCACCACUGCGAAUGAGGGCGAAAGAAGGGCUCAGCAUUGUGAAUGGAACAUCUGUUAGCACAGCUGCAGCAGUUCUGGUGAUACACGAUAGCCACAAUUUGGCUCUUCUCUCACAGUUACUUACUGCAAUGGGAACAGAAGCACUCCUGGGAACUGUGGACAACUUUGAUUCCUUUAUAUCACGGUGUCGACCGCACCCAGGUCAGGCAGAAGUUGCAGAAAAUAUCUGGUCGUUCCUUCAAGGAUCAAAAUUAAGCUACCGAAGAGACUCGAAGACUGUAGGACUUGUUCAAGAUCGCUAUGCCGUCCGUACCGCUCCGCAGUGGAUAGGGCCACAUAUAGAGGAUCUCCUUCUAGCGGAACGGCAAGUUAACGUUGAGCUUAAUUCAUCAACCGAUAACCCCUUAAUUGAUGAGGCACAGAGCCGCAUCCAUUAUGGGGGGGGAACUUUCAAGCAACACCCAUUACUUCAGCUAUGGAAAAGACACGGACGGCUCUAG